CACAAAGUUCAGCGGUCGGGUUAGAGUUGGCCUGCAAUUAAAAACAUUAUGAGCAGUAGAAAGAAGAUGAAGACAUACCAUUUCCAUACGGAAUGGUAAGAACAAUAUUUCUUUACAGAAGUUAAAGCUGGACGAAUCCACAGAUGUCGUUGACACCUCUCAGAUGGCCGUGUUCGUCAGGAUGAUUUUUAGUGAUUUUACGAUUAAAGAUCUUUUGAAGUUUAUUCCACUAAAAGGACUACAGGGCGGGACUUGUUUUCUUCUCUUAAAAAUAUUAUUUCUUCUGAGAAAAUUCCAAUAUCGAAAAUGGUAGACUUGACAACCGAUGGCGUUUCAGCUAUGGUGGUUCGUGAUAAGGAUC